GAACCAUGGAGGCCGCGCCCGGGACCCCCCCGCCGCCGCCAUCAGAGUCGCCGCCGCCGCCAUCACCGCCGCCGCCAUCAACGCCUUCGCCUCCUCCGUGUUCCCCCGACGCACGCCCGGCCACCCCGCACCUCCUCCACCACCGCCUCCCGCUCCCUGACGACAGGGAAGAUGGUGAGUUGGAAGAAGGUGAACUGGAAGAUGAUGGGGCAGAGGAGACCCAGGACACCUCCGGAGGGCCCGAGAGGAGCCGGAAAGAAAAGGGGGAGAAACACCACAGUGAUUCGGACGAGGAGAAGUCUCACAGGAGACUGAAGCGGAAACGGAAGAAAGAGCGGGAGAAGGAGAAAAGGAGGUCGAAGAAGAGGAGGAAAUCCAAACACAAACGCCAUGCUUCCUCCAGCGAUGAGUUCUCUGACUUCUCGGAUGACUCGGAUUUCAGCCCCAGUGAGAAGGGGCACCGCAAGUACCGAGAAUACAGCCCCCCGUAUGUGCCGUCCCACCAGCAGUACCCACCGUCGCACGCCACACCCCUGCCCAAGAAGGCCUACUCCAAAAUGGACAGCAAAGGCUACGGCAUGUACGAGGACUACGAGAAUGAGCAGUAUGGAGAGUAUGAGGGUGAUGAGGAGGAAGACAUGGGCAAGGAGGACUACGAUGACUUCACCAAAGAACUGAACCAGUACCGGCGGUCCAAGGAGGGCAGCAGCCGUGGCCGAGGCAGCCGAGGCCGUGGCCGGGGCUACAGGGGCCGAGGAAGCCGUGGAGGAUCACGAGGCCGAGGCAUGGGCAGGGGCAGCCGAGGCAGGGGCAGGGGCUCUGUGGGAGACCACCCUGAGGACGAAGAGGACUUCUACGACGAGGAGAUGGACUACGGAGAAAGCGAGGAGCCGAUGGGAGACGACGAUUAUGACGAAUACUCCAAAGAGCUGAACCAGUACCGCCGCUCCAAGGACGGCCGGGGCCGAGGGUUAAGUCGAGGCCGUGGCAGGGGAUCCCGAGGCCGAGGGAAAGGGAUGGGCCGGGGCCGCGGUCGAGGUGGCAGCCGAGGAGGGAUGAACAAGGGUGGAAUGAAUGAUGACGAAGACUUCUACGACGAGGACAUGGGCGAUGGUGGUGGCGGAAGCUAUCGGAGGAGUGACCAUGACAAGCCCCACCAGCAGUCCGACAAGAAAGGCAAAGUCAUUUGCAAAUACUUCGUGGAAGGGCGAUGCACGUGGGGAGACCACUGUAAUUUUAGCCAUGACAUCGAACUCCCAAAGAAGCGAGAACUGUGCAAGUUUUACAUCACCGGAUUUUGUGCCAGAGCCGAGAACUGCCCCUAUAUGCAUGGUGAUUUUCCGUGUAAGCUGUACCACACAACUGGGAACUGCAUCAAUGGUGACGACUGCAUGUUCUCCCACGACCCUCUGACUGAAGAGACGAGAGAGCUCUUGGAUAAGAUGUUGGCUGAUGACGCAGAAGCGGGCGCUGAGGACGAGAAGGAGGUCGAGGAGCUGAAGAAGCAGGGCAUCAACCCUCUGCCCAAACCGCCCCCUGGCGUGGGGCUCCUGCCCACCCCUCCUCGGCCCCCUGGCCCCCAGGCCCCGACCUCUCCAAAUGGCAGGCCCAUGCAGGGUGGCCCCCCACCCCCACCUCCACCCCCGCCUCCACCCCCUGGGCCCCCGCAGAUGCCCAUGCCGGUGCACGAGCCGCUGUCGCCUCAGCAGCUGCAGCAGCAGCAGGACAUGUACAAUAAGAAGAUCCCUUCGUUGUUUGAGAUUGUGGUACGGCCCACAGGGCAGCUGGCUGAGAAGCUGGGUGUGAGGUUCCCUGGACCUGGUGGACCCCCAGGGCCAAUGGGUCCUGGGCCCAACAUGGGACCCCCAGGGCCAAUGGGUGCCCCGAUGCACCCCGACAUGCAUCCUGACAUGCACCCGGACAUGCACCCCGACAUGCACCCGGACAUGCACCCCGAUAUGCAGAUGGGCCCUGGCAUGAACCCCGGCCCGCCCAUGGGACCUGGUGGCCCCCCAAUGAUGCCCUAUGGUCCUGGAGACUCCCCACACUCCGGAAUGAUGCCCCCCAUCCCGCCAGCCCAGAACUUCUAUGAAAACUUCUACCAGCAGCAGGAGGGCAUGGAGAUGGAGCCAGGACUCCUGGGGGAAGCAGAGGACUACGGGCACUACGAAGAGCUGCCGGGGGAGCCUGGGGAGCACCUCUUCCCCGAGCACCCUCUGGAGCCCGACAGCUUCCCUGAGGGAGGGCCCCCAGGCCGGCCGAAGCCGGGCGCCGGUGUCCCCGACUUCCUGCCCUCGGCCCAGAGGGCCCUGUACCUGAGGAUCCAGCAGAAGCAGCAGGAGGAGGAGGAGAGAGCGAGGAGGCUGGCUGAGAGCAGCAAGCAGGACCGGGAGAAUGAGGAAGGUGACACCGGAAACUGGUACUCCAGUGAUGAGGACGAGGGUGGGAGCAGUGUCACCUCCAUCCUUAAGACCCUGAGGCAGCAGACGUCUAGCCGACCCCAGGCUUCAGUCGGGGAGCUGAGCAGCAGUGGGCUGGGGGACCCCCGCCUCCAUAAGGGACACCCCACAGGAGGCCGGCUGGCUGACCCUCGCCUCAGCCGGGACCCCAGACUCUCCCGCCACGCCGAGGCUUCUGGAGGGCCGGGCCCAGGGGACUCGGGGCCCUCGGACCCUCGGCUGGCUCGCGCCCUGCCCGCUGCCAAGCCUGAGGGCAGCCUCCAUUCCAGCCCCGCGGGCCCUGGCAGCUGCAAGGCGCCCGGGCCGUCCCCCACAGAAGAGGAGGAGGGAGAGCGGGCCCUGCGGGAGAAGGCCGUGAACAUUCCCCUGGACCCCCUCCCCGGGCACCCGCUGCGGGACCCGAGAUCACAGCUGCAGCAGUUCAGCCACAUCAAGAAGGACGUGACCCUGAGCAAGCCGAGCUUUGCCCGCACCGUGCUCUGGAACCCCGAGGACCUGAUCCCCCUGCCCAUCCCCAAGCAGGAUGCGGCACCCCCGGUGCCCGCCGCCCUGCAGUCCAUGCCUGCCCUGGACCCCAGGCUGCACCGCUCCUCCACCGCGGGGCCCCCCAACGCCCGGCAGCGCCCCGGCACUUCCACAGACCCCGGCACGUCCGGCUCCAACCUCCCCGACUUUGAACUCCUCUCUCGAAUCCUCAAGACUGUCAACGCCACAGGCCCCUCCGCGGCCCCCGGCUCAAGUGACAAGCCCAGUGACCCCCGGGUGCGGAAACCCCCCACCGACCCUCGGCUGCAGAAACCAGCAGACUCCUCGGCCUCCUCCCGGGCCGCCAAGCCCGGCCCCACAGAAGUGCCGUCUCCAGCCCGCAGCCCCAGCAGGGACUCGUCCCCACCGGCCACAGCUCCCUACGACCCUCGUGUGCUGGCAGCCGGUGGGCUGGGCCAGGGAAGCGGGAGCGGGCAGAGCAGCGUGCUGAGUGGCAUCAGCCUGUACGACCCGAGGACUCCCAACACGGGCGGCAAAGCGGCAGAGCCGGCUGCCGACGCGGGCGCGCCGCCCAAGUGCCCCGAGGGCAACGGCAAGAGCUUGGCCUCCAAGGCCAAGGAGCCCCCUUUCGUCCGCAAGUCUGCCCUGGAACAGCCAGAGACUGCGAAGGCCGGUGCAGACGGGGCCGCGGCCGCCGCCACGGACAGAUACAACAGUUACAACCGGCCCCGGCCCAAGGCUGCCGCAGCCUCCGCUGCCACCACGGUGACCCCGCCGCCGGAGGGCGCCCCACCGCAGCCCGGGGUGCACAACUUGCCUGUGCCCACCACCCUCUUUGGGACGGUGAAGCAGGCGCCCAAGACGGGCACGGGAAGCCCAUUUGCUGGCAACAGCCCGGCCCGCGAGGGCGAGCAGGACGCAGGGUCCCUGAAAGAUGUUUUUAAAGGCUUCGACCCCACUGCCUCCCCCUUUUGCCAGUAGUGUUACGCCAGGGCCAGCAUUCCCGCCACCCUCCCCGCCCAGGGUGACGUGUGUGGGCAGCAGCCGGAGUUGGGAGCCUGGGGGUGGCGGGGGACUCUGGGUGUUCAUUCUUUUUUUCUUUUUUCCCCUCUUCCUUUUUCUUUCUUUGUCUUUUCUUUUCCUUUCUUUUCUUUUUCUGUCUUUUUUGAGUAGUACUUUCUUUGAGACUUAUAAAUUGUAUAUAACCAUCUUCAGUUCUGGUCAGUGCUGUGGGGCGCCCAGCUCCCACCAAGAAAACCAGCUUGUGCCCAUGAAUAGUUGCGAGUGCUCGGGCCUCGGCCCCGGUGGGCGCUGCUGGGCCGGGGCCCUCCGAGUCCGGGGCCCCAUGGCUUCUCUGGGCAACACUUGGCCCCUCCCCAGGACAAAGGGAACAGCAGGCGUCUGAGAAGGCACCGAAUGCUACUCGCCCUGUGCCACUGGGCACGGGGACAUGGGGUCCCGCCACGGCAGGGCCCGAGUGGAAGCAGGCCCAGGUAUUUAUUUCUAGAACCUUAGGACGCACCGUCCCCGUCUCUUCAGCACAGGCUGUGACAACCCACUUUAGGAGAUGCCGAAAGUGAAAACGAAUCAAAGAAAGAAGAGCCCUGGGCGAUCCCGGGCAGCUGGCGGCCCUCGCCUGCUCUGUCUGCCUGGACUGGCACGCGGCCCUCCCUGCCGCUCUCCAUCCCGAGUCGUCCCGAAACCCAACGCCCUCCAGCCUCCAGCCCGCGCAGACUCCGGGGUGAGACGGACCUGGAGGCGGCGGGGCCAGCUCGAGGUGGUGGCUCCGGAACAGCUGCGUGCAGGAGCAGCCCCCGGAGUAGCGCCUCUGUCAGUAUUACCCCCCUGCCCUGUCACGGCUGCGUCCUCCCCCGUGCCGGCUCUGCCUGGCCCUCAGAGGCCGCAGCGCCCGGCGUGCGCACUGCCGGCCCGGCCCUGGAGACAGCUCAAGGAUCCGAGUGUGGCCGCCCUGCCAGGCCGCAAGGCGGGCCACGAGGCAGGGAGCCCUGGAACAGCUCUGUAGCCAAGUGUCGCUUCUCUUCCCGCUUCUCUGCGCCUCCUUAAGCUGCGUCGCGUGUAGGGCACAAGGUAGCCGUGUGUUUGGUUUCCUCUCCCGAGCCAACUGGCGCAGGGGUUCAGAGGCACGUCGCGGUGUUGGGUGUAUGGGCACUUCCGGAAGGGAGCCUGAGGGGAGGGUGGGCGCCUGUGGCCAGGGCAGGAGAGGGGCGGGCGCGCUUGGCCCUUUCCAGGAGAGAGGCCAGGACCCCGUUGGGGGAAGGAGGGACCGAGGGCUGUGUCCUCCCCUCGUCCGGCUGAGCCGAGACAGUGGAGACAUCUGCACCGGCCCCUCCCGCCCCCGCCCCUCUCCCGCCGGCCGAGGUCCAGCCUCACCCACAGAGCCCAGCUGACGGUCAGCCGUGGACGUGGCCUGGGGAGACCGGCCCAGGGAACUGGGUCCCUUGCACGGCCCCAGAAGCCUGUUUACUUGUGUGUCCGUCUCCUGCCGUCACUCCUGGUCCUGCUGCUGGCUGAAGGCCUGGGUCUCCUCCUUGCUGACGACGAGGCCACCUGGUCACCAGUUAAAGGACUCCCCCUCCCACCUCCUUUCGCCAGGAGGUGAACAAGGCUCCUAUACCAUCCCCACCCCCACCCCAAAAAGAGAAAAAAAUGAAAAACUCAUGAGUUUGGGGCCCAGAGGCAGGGCAGGUAAGGCAGGGCCAGACAGCCCGGGCUCAGCGCCCUGAUCAGGUUGGUUGGUUUGUCUUUUUGUCCUUUUUGUUUUGUUUUUUAACCAAUCAUUAGUGAGAUUUGUCUGCAGCCACCAGAGUUGGCCCCGCAGCGGAGGCUGCGGCCCUGGUGUUUGCACAAUAAGUAAGAAUACGCAGUGUGGCAGUGUUUGUUUGUUUUUUUUUUUUUUCUUUCUCCUUUUGAGAACUUUCUUUUGUAAAAGAAAAAUUAAAUAUUUUUUAAAACCGAAAUCUGUGGAUGAAAUAGAAGCUGGAACCCUCCUCAAUGGAAUAUUCAGCCUAAGAACCUCAUGGGACUAUGAAUUCACCCGAAAUUUUCAUUUGCCAUCAGGCCGAGCUUUUAAAGAAAAAUUGUUCUCUAACCAGGAUUGUAACAAAAGUGUAAAUACUAUUUCAGAGUUGAAAGUUGAUGGUGCAAAUAUGUAUAUAACGUACUGUAUUUUUACAAUGAUCGUCGCAUGACUCUAUUCCAUCCCCCUUUUUGUACUCCAUACCUGUCUUCCAGAAACGUCACCUGCCUUUUCUCCUGUGGUCUCUUAAUCCAAUAAUUGUAUUACUGCCAUUAAAGGAUGCAGUUAUUUUAAAAA